AUGUCCAUCAAUGGAGUCUGGAGUAGCAAUGGUGAUGAUCCCUCUGCAGGCAAGGGUAACUUGGAUGUUUCAAAUAAACAAGGCGGGACCGGAAAGUUUAGUGAAGAUAAGUUUGAAGCAAAUCAUAUCGACAGGCGCCAGUUUCCAAUCCACACCGCUCCUAAAAGCCCUGCUCAUCAGCACCUUCAAGGCCUCCGAGGCCAAGAGCAUGACCCCAUGAGGUUCAGAACUGGAAAUCUGAUGUCAAACAUUCACGACGCCGGUAACAAGCUCGGUCUGAAAGGCGGUUCACCCGAUGUUGCGCACCCUGGCCCUGGAAUACGAAGAAAGCCAGUUGGCUCGUCCAGAGAGAAGCCUCUCCCGCAACCGGAUGAUACUACCUGUGCAGUAUCGUGA